AUGGGAAGUGUGGAUGAUCAAAAGCCGAGGAGUGAAAGCUGCAACAAAUUUCAUUUCGGUGAGUGUCGAAAAAGGAGUGGUGCAUGCUACAGAUAUGGUUCUCUUGACCACUUCCUUAAAGACUGCCCAGAACGAGUUGAUAAAGGGGUGGAUCUAGCCCCAAAUUCUAAUGCUCCUAAUUCUCGAGGUAGACCACCCCGACAUCCUGGAAUUGCAAGUGACAGUCGAAAUGUUGCCAGGGACACAACUGUAAAACCAGAAACUCGGGCCCUGAUAAGAACUUACGCGAUACAAGCUAAAGAGAAAGCCUCUGCUCCUGAUGUCAUUACGGAACCUAAGGAGUUUGUGAUUAAGGUGUCGAACCCUCUAGGCAAGUCUGUCUUAGUAGAUAAGGUUUAUAAGAAUUGUCCUUUGACGAUCCAAGGUCAUCGUUUUCUGGAUAAUCUUAUGCUUUUUCCCUUCAAUGAAUUUUACGUAAUACUUGGCAAGGAUUGGUUGAUCCUCUACGAUGUGAUAGUAAAUUGUGGUAAUAACUAUAUUGAAUUGAAAUGUUCAAAUGGUGAAGUUCUCUAA